AUGGACAUUUCGACGCGAGCCCUCGUCAGGCUCCUCCUGCCCCGUCUGCCUUUGCUGCUCAAGACGAUCGUCCUCAAUACACUCAAUUUGUCGCCUAAUUCAGCAAAGCAAGAUCUGACAACAGAGGUGGUUGUGGUUAUACUGCGGUCUAUUACGAGGGUUAGGAAGCCUAUGAGAUAUCUACAACACAUCUCCACGAAGGAUCCUGGAAUCAAAGGACCCAUAUGCAUCGCCAAAGUGACCAUCCCACCCCCACUUGACGAGUCCGGCCCUAGAGAAGCUGUUGUGAAAGCCAUCAAAGAGCUUGGAAAUGGCAGCGAAACAUACACUUUGCCCGACAUUGUGGGCGUGGAAGCCGAAUGGACUGGCUACAAGAAAGGCGCGUCUGCGCACGAACCUAGACCAGAUGUAUCUGAAGACGACCAUUAUAGAAUUCUGAUGGCCACCGUUUCGACCAACACCACGAUUUUAUAUUUCCAUGGUGGAGCCUAUUUUCUGAUGGAUCCGGCAUCGCAUAGAGAGCCUGUGUCGCGCCUUGCACGGUUGACGGAAGGUCGCGGCUAUUCUGUGAGAUACCGUUUAGCCCCUCAAAACCCUUUCCCUGCCCAAUUGCUCGACGGAUUGGUGGCGUAUUUAUCGCUUCUGGCACCUCCCAAAGGUCUGCCGCAUGACCCUGUACCUGCAAAACAUAUCGUGUUUGCCGGAGACUCUGCUGGAGGCAACCUCGCUGUGGUCUUAUUACAGCUCCUCCUGACACUGCAGAGGACGGGCGUGAGCAGCAUCAGAUUCCAUGGAGUCGAUGUCCCCAUUGAACUGCCCGCGGGCCUUUGCCUCAACAGUGCGUGGGCCGAUAUAUCUCAUUCAAUGCCUUCUAUAAACAAAAAUGCUCAUCUGGAUUAUCUGGAUCCACCAAAUGCGGAAGGAGUGUCAAAGGCUGACCCUCUUCCGGACGAUUUGUGGCCGGCGAGCCCUCCUCGAGCCAAUAUCCUCUGCGACGCGUCAAUUAUGGCUCAUCCUCUCGCGUCACCUCUCGCUGCUGGUUCAGAUCUCUGGAAAGGUAUGCCACCAGCAUGGCUGUGCUUGGGAAACGAAGGCCUAGAGGACGAGAUCACCAUACUAGCACGCAGAAUGCACCAGGCCGGUGGAGUGGUGGAUUUCGUGGGCUACGAGGGGAUGCCUCACUGCUUUGCCAUGUUGUUCCCCAAGACCCCGAAAGCCAGGGAUUGUUUCGAGCGCGCCGCAAACUUUUGCACCGCCGUCGUCGACGGCAGCGGGCCAAAGACGAGUAGAUUCGUCUGGGUCAAGGCGUUCUCGAAACCGUCAAACAUUCGAGAGCUAGGUCCGGAUCAGCUGAGCAAAAUCAGCGACGACGAGGUGACGGACGCCAUGAAGACAAUGCAGAACCACGCAAGGAAGAGGGAGGAAGAGGCCUUGCAGAGGUGGCGCGAACAGCAGACCAGGGCCAAACUAUGA